CAUUCCUCUGCAGGAGUUUGAUUCGUCUGGUACUCCUGGCGAUCCAAUAGUGGUGAUGGGUGAGGACGACGAGCCCAUUUUUGACUCCACCCUUGUACCACCGGGACCUGCUGCCACAUUUGUGUUUGGAAGCCUGGAUGCUGGGGAUGCUCAUUAUGCCCAAGCCAACCAAGAAAUGCCGCCUGGUGCAGAUGUCAAGAUGGUGGAUGAACAUUCCCGGUUUGGGGUGACCCCGUUCUCUGCAGGCAUGAAGCACAAACACACGCUGGGGCCAACUUGUCGUGCUGUACUGAAACUUCUAGAGCAGAAGCACUCGUACGCCCAUGAUAGUACAUGGUUUGUUCAGAACACCCCAGAUGUGUUGGUGCUUGAAGCAGGCCAGUUGUAUGCUGCCUUCAGGAGGCACGGCGAGUUUUCUGUGGAUGUAGUCGAUGCUCUGUCUAGGCUCUUCACGGCGCUGGAUAGGGACAUGUACCUGGAAGUGGGUGUACCUGAUAACAUCUGGAGGCACUUCCUCCCAGCUUCGUUCGCGGUUGGUGUCGUUAAUGGCGAGGAUCGCGGCUCAGCGAAAUUCAAGGACAUGUUUAUUGGAGACCACCUGGGAUACGACGUGGAGAACUGCAGGAUGUUCCUGGCCCCUUUCCCUAAAAAUGGGAGCUGGGUGGUGUAUACGUGGGACUUUCUCUGCAGGGAAGUGGGCGUGAUGGACCUGGCCAUGCAGAACACAACUAUUACUCAGAGCCAGUGGACACACGACGACACCAUGCAAGCUCUGCACACCACCUUGUUCGAGUGCAUAGACAACUUCUUCAGGGGCUGGGAGCAUGCUCCAUUGAGCUGGACUUAUGUGCACCACAUUAUGCUGGGGGCGCGUUGACACAUGCGAAGCGACUCGGGUGUCCACGCGAUGCAUUACGCACGUUACUUUGAUGGUGAUGAGCUCACGGAUGCUACGGCUGAGAAUGAUACGGCAUUGGCCAGGGCCGACAUGCUGUACCAGAUGCUUGUGAUGGAUGACAACAAGGGGGAUGUGCCUGAGUUCUUGUCACACUGCCUACCACACUACCCAAGCUAGGAGUACGUUGCGGGGGCAAGGCUUCCUGGCACGACAUCAGUUCUCUUUUGAGGGGAUCGCAGAAUGGUGCUUCAUGAACAUUCAUUUCAUCAUGUUCGUGUUCGCCAAUGGGCGUGGGACCAGUACAAUUGGUGUUUAUUUUUGCGACUAUGCUGUGCGUUGACCUUGUUUGCUAGGCGCAUGAUGAAUUUGUUAGAGCAUUUCAUGCUGUCGUUGCUCC